CCCUAGCAUGAUGUAUGGCCAUGGUGAAGAAAACAGUAAUAAAAACGACAAAAUUAGGUUCACUCACGAAAAAUAUGUUACAUAACGUAACGUACUCCGCACUAUUGCAUAAAACAGGUGCCCACCAUACCUGUGGAAGGAUACUCAUUUAAGACUAGCGGAUUUAAUGAACAUCUCAAGUAACCACAACCUUGGUCGAAUUAAAUGCAGAUCGAUGUUGUUAUAUCUUGUGGCAGUAGCAGUGGGAUGUUUGCACGGUGUUUACGGCCUGGGGUGUGUGGAUCCUAACGAGUGUCCCAGGCUGUACAACCAUGCCAGGUUUCUGUACCAACACUGCGGGGACUGUCACAAGUUUGUCUUUUGUGUACAAGGAAUGUAUUUCCCCAUGACGUGCCCGAACAACCUGUACUGGAAUGACGUCACAUACACGUGUGAUUACAGAGCGACAAAAUGUCACGCAGACGAAUGCACCCUUGGAACACACAAGUGUCAUCAACUCGCCACGUGCUUUUGGUACAGGACGGACUCAGCGUAUCGGUGUAUCUGCAGAGCCGGCUAUGAAGGGAAUGGGGUCACAGAAUGCAAUGAUAUCGAUGAAUGUACAGAUGGAAGUCAUAACUGUGAUCCAAAGGCAGUGUGCUCUAUUACUGAAGGUUCAUUUAAGUGUACGUGUUUAACUGGAUAUAAAAUAGACGGAAAUGUGUGUAAAGAUAUCGAUGAAUGUAAAGAUGGAAGUCAUGGCUGUCAUCCUAUCGCUGUGUGCUCUAACACUGAAGGUUCAUUUGAUUGCACCUGUAAAACUGGAUAUAUCAUGGAUGGAAAUUCCUGCAUAGAUAAAGAUGAAUGUCGAGAUGGAAGUCAUAACUGCGAAGUUAACGCUGAGUGCUUUAAUACUAUUAGUUCCUUUACUUGCAAAUGUCAUACUGGAUUUACCCUGGAGAAUACUGUCUGUGAAGAUAUAGAUGAAUGCAAAUCUGGAGGAAAUAAUUGUGACAAUGGCGCCAAGUGCGAGAAUACCGAAGGUUCCUAUGUGUGUGUGUGUCCAGCUGGAUAUGUCCUGAAAAAUAAUGGCUGUGAAGAUAAAGAUGAAUGUAGAGAUGGAAGUCAUAACUGCGAUGUUAACGCUGAGUGCUUUAAUAGUAUUAGUUCAUUUACUUGCAAAUGUCAUACUGGAUUUACCCUAGAGAAUACUGGCUGUGAAGAUAUAGAUGAAUGUAAAGAUGGAAGUCAUGAUUGUGAUAAAAGCGCGAAGUGCUUAAAUACCGAUGGUUCAUUUGUGUGUGAGUGCCCACCUGGAUAUGCCAUGGGAAAUAAUAUCUGCGAAGAUAUAGACGAAUGUACAGCUGGAAGUCAUGACUGUGAUCCUAACGCUGUGUGUUCUAAUACUAUUGGAUCAUUUGAUUGCAACUGUCGAAAUGGAUAUAGCAUGGCGAAGGGAAAUGUCUGCACGGAUGAUGAUGAAUGUGAAGAUGGAAGUCAUAACUGUCCUCCUCACGCCCUGUGCUCAAAUUCUGAUGGUUCAUUUACAUGUAUCUGUGACGAUGGGUAUACCAUGGAGGGAAUUGUCUGUAAAGAUAUAGAUGAAUGUCAAACUGGAAGCUAUCAAUGUGUUGUUAAAUCAGUGUGCUCUAAUACGGACGGCUCAUAUACGUGUACGUGUGAAGCCGGAUUUACCAUGGAAAAUGAUGUCUGUGUAGAACUUCCUAAGUCGUGCCUUGAUAUCAAGAACGCAGCCGACGCCAGUUUAUCGGAUAAAUUUUACGAGAUAUACCCCAAACGUCUUGGUGGCGAGCCACUGAAAGUGUACUGCCACAACAUGGCCUCGACACCUGUUGAGUUCCUGGAGUUCGUGGUGACAAAUGGCGGACAGAAUCCAGAUUCUGAAGACCGUACGUGUAAUGGUGAAGUAGACAACGUGGGCCGACCCGAUGCUGGGAUCACGCUAUACAGCAGAAUUCGAAUAAAUCCUGAGAAACUCAUCAUAGUGCAGGACACCACGUUUGCUAAAACGAUGGGCAGCACCAUCAAGUAUGGCCACGCGUCUGACUGCUAAACGGCACACCUCAAUGGACAGAAGGCAAGAUGUGGACCGGCAGGAACUUUCAUCAUGCGUUUUACUGGUGUCGCCGUUAAAAUUGAUCCACAGCAAGAGUGGGAAACUUUCGGACAGAAUUCAUUCAAGGAAGUAGAUAGACUUUCCAACGGUCAGAUAAUUAAACUCAAAUGUGGCGGAUACUGUGGCGGUUGUCAGCCUGUAGGCGAUCUUCAACUUGUGUUAAACACAGAACAAUAGCAAUGUGUCAGAAAGUAAGCUCUAUCGACAUUGAACUGGAACAAAUGGCUAUAGUAGAAGUAAACCAUUUAAUUCGAUAUCGAGCUUUUUGUGUGAAGUGAAAAACAAAAACAACCCCGAUGGUGCGAAUUAUUCCUUCAAACAGCUUGUACAUACUAUAUUUUGAGAGUAAACACAUUUAGUAUC